UUGUGUUUCGUAUUCUCUCGAUGUUUAUGUAUUUUGCCGAUUGCUAUGGGUCCUCCUAUGAACGCACUCCGGAGGUAUGAACUUCUUGAUCUAGUUGGAGAAGGUAGAAAUGGAGAGGUCUAUAAGGCCCAGAGUGAGAUUAAUUCGAUUGUUGCCGUUAAGAUAAUUCCUUUUUAUGAUAAAGAGAAUGCUUUUCCAUCUGACGUCAUGAGUAAAAUCUCUUUGAUGGAGGAGUUGGAACAUAAAAACGUCGUCAGGCUACUUACUGUGGAAAAGCUGGAAGACUAUUCAUAUGGCUGUAAGCUUAUUAUGGAGUUCGCAAGCUCUAACCUUUCCAGGUACAUCAGAGAGAAUGCGAAGAGCGGAAUAUGUCCCCAACAGGCAAAACUAUUUCUUAUGCAGAUACUGAAAGGUCUCAACUAUUGUCACUCUAGAAAAGUUAUGCAUCGAAAUCUGAAACCUGCAAAUAUACUACUAACUGCCGAUGGAGUAAUAAAGCUAGCUGCUUUCGGUAGCAGCGCCGCAUUUGAUGUUCCUAGUCUACAAAAUAAUCACAAUGUUGGAACUCUUCGGUACAGGGCACCUGAAAUGCUGCUUGGUCUGCCAUACACUAAUUUGGUCGAUAUCUGGGCUGUCGGUUGUAUUUUUGUUGAGCUUCUGACAUUAAAACCUCUGUUUGAUGGAACUUCAAAUACUGCUGUACUGAGGAGCAUAUUCAGCAUAUUUGGCGUGCCGACUGAGACAGAUUUUAAGGGAGCCUCAUCAUAUUUUCUCAACACGCUUGCAAUAGAGGAGCCAACCAUUAAAUACCGGAGAAGCCUUGCACGUCUUGUUCCCAUCCUCUCGGAGCAAGGACUCGACCUUCUAGAGAGGAUGCUUUGCAUUAAUCCAUGUAGAAGGAUUACUGCUGCGAACGCGCUGGUGCAUCCAUAUUUCAGAAAUUUCUUUACGCAAACGUUUGCCCGCAGAAUCCUCGAACUAAAUUCUUAAACAUCCUUCACUCCAUCAUAUGAAAAUCAAAGUGCAUAUAUUCCAGCUUCGGACAACAGGUACGUAAUAAAAAAACAAGAACCGAACCCCCUUUUCGCCUUUUGUGAUAUUUUACUUAGUAUGAACUAAGUGUACCCACUAUCGUUCUCAAAUGUGCAGUAUGUCUCUUUUCUUACAGCUGCCGUUACGACAAAUAGCUCUAAUAAGAUUAGCUCACUGCGGGUAGAUUGUUUCUUACAUUUAUAAUGCUCACGAUUUAAUAUUAGAUCAACUAUAUACUUAAUUGUUUGAGGUCUGGGUAAAUUCUCAACCGAACUUAAUAGCUUGCAAACUAUAUAGA